UUUUCAGCAGCGUCGUCGCGGGUUUUCUCCGCCCGAUGUCCGAUCUGCCAUUACCCUGAGAUUGCGUAUGCCAUUGGCCACUCGGAUGGUAUUCUGUCUCUGCAACAAGGGCUUGUCCCUGCACUUGCAUACCAAAUGGUAAUGAAUGGUAUAAGGCUAGGCACAUUUCACAUGCUUGAAGACUCUGGUGUUAUGAGAACAAAGAAUGCUGUUGAUCCAGUGAAGUAUGUAUGUGGAGGAGCUCUUGCUGGUGCUUUGGGAACGUAUGCUGCAAGUCCACUUUACAUGGUGAAAGUGCACGUCCAAACACAGAGCCAGACGAUCGGGGUGGGACACCAGCACCAGCAUGCGGGUCUGGUGUCGGCACUGCGCGGCGUGCACGCGCGUCACGGUCUGCGUGGCCUGUGGCGCGGCAGCCUCUCCUCGCUGCCGCGCGUCAUGAUCGGCUCGGCAGCGCAGCUCACCACCUUCUCCGCCUCGCUCGAGUACAUCGAGCGCGCCCAGGUGCUGCCGGCGGGCAGCCUCCUCGCCAGCCUGGCCGCCAGUAUGUUGUGUGGCGGCGCCGUCGUCAUCCUGAUGACGCCGUUCGACGUCAUCGCAACCCGGCUGUACAAUCAAGGCGUGGACGCGUCGGGCCGCGGCCUGCAGUAUCGCGGCUACGGCGACUGCGUGCUCAAGAUCCUACGCUCGGAGGGACCGCGCGGCUUCUACAAGGGCGUGACGGCCAACUGGCUGCGAAUCGGGCCGCACUCCGUGCUCAACAUGUGCUUCUGGACCGCACUUGAAGACUCUGUACCGGCGGUACGAGCGGGCGCCGACCGCAGACGGAGUCUGAGCAGUCUGUCGAGCCCGCAGUCACGGCCGGGCGCCGCGCGCGCUUAA